AUGUUGUUUCCUCUGAAAGAAUCUUUAGAAGUUACCUUGGGUAAGCUUACCAAAGGGGAAACUCUCUUUGUCGCGUACCUUGCUUCGGUUGAUCCUCGUACAAAACAGCCCUGGUGUCCUACUGUACGUGCUGCUUUGCCUGCAUUCAACAAUAUUUUUAAUAGUUCGAAAACAUUGAAUUUGGUGCAUGUUUACGUUGGGAAUAUGCCCCAAUGGAGGACCCCAGAUAACUUGUAUCGCAAAAAUUUUGGUAUCAGUGCUGUUCCAACUUUAGGAAGAUAUUACCGUGACGCUGAAGGAAAUCUUCAAAACUCUUUGCUCGUUGAUUAUGAUUGUUUGGAUGCCCAAAAAUUGUCCAAAUUCAUCGAAUAG